AUGAGGCUGGAUUCAAGUCGAGAUCCCGGUCCUGCCACUGUCCGGUCUGGACGACGAAAGCUCAGACCGGGAGAGCCGACUGACUGGAACCAGAGGGCCGAUGAUGCAGCUCCACAGCCUCAUCCCCGUGGUACAGUCCAGAUACAACGGCGGAUGGAUGGGGCGGCAGCACCUGCUCCUCCGCAGCUGACGAUGCGCAGACGGGAGCACAACAACUCCAAGGCUAUCGAUGCCACUGCAUCCGCUCCCGUGCCUGCGACGUCUGCCGCUGCUGUUGCCGCCGCUGUUGCAAGUGGUGGCCGCUCCAAGCGUGCACCGUGGCAACCAGGGCUGUCCAGGGCGGCCUCGGAUGCCUACCGCCGCCCCAGCGGCACAUUGAUGGACUCGUACGACGGGGAGGACGAGUCCGCCAACGAGCAACAGGCUCCGCGCCGUGCGAGGAGGAACUCGUCACCUCCCAACAACGCUCGUCGCAGGCUCAUGCCGGGGGCGUAUUCGGAGCCCUCGACACACAGAUCCGCAAGUGUUUCAUCUUAUGGCGGUGAUGAAGAGGAAGAUGACCACGGCCUCGAAGUAGAGGAAGUCGGCUCGUCUCGUCAUAGCAGACAGCGGCUAUCUAGCCGGGACGAGUAUUUCGAUUCAUCGAGCGAUAGAAACCGCCGCUAUCGAAAGAGAUUUACGCGACGGUAUUAUUCAGACAACGACAAUGACUCCGAUGGACCGCUUUCGGGGAGUGAAGCGUCGUCUACUUCACAUACGCGAGAGUCUUCCAGGGUCCGCUCUAGGAGCGAAUCACGCCACAAGGCUCAACGUUAUCAGUUGACACACGUUAUUGGGGACUCGCGGCCACCUGUGGCGUCCAGGAAAAGGCCUUCAUCUCCGGACAAGUUUUUCAAGGUUGAAAAAGAGGCCAAGGCGGUAAAGAAAAAAGGAGUCCAAUGCGUCAUUUGUAUGGAGGAUACUCCAUCCUCACAGGGAGCGGACUUGAAGUGCGGCCAUCGAAUGUGCAAUGCUUGCAUGAAGCGCAGUUUUGAAAUGUCCAUUCAUGACCCGCAGCACAUGCCCCCACGCUGCUGCACAAACAGCCACAUCCCGCUCAAGCAUGUCGAUAAGUUAUUUGACAAUGCUUUCAAGAUGACGUGGAACCGCAAGUUUGCCGAAUACUCGUCUGGUAACCGGGUGUAUUGCCCAUCGAAGCGCUGCGGUGAAUUGAUCAAGCCGACUAGCUUCUAUCGAGGAGAAGAUGGUAGGAGAGUCGCCCGCUGCAGUCGCUGCAAGACCAAGGUUUGCCCAAGAUGCAGUUCGAAAUGGCACAGCUCUCCCGAGUGUCCUCGUGACGAAGAGACGAACAAGUUCCUGGAUCAAGCAAAGGAAGAAGGCUGGAAGAGAUGUUAUAAGUGCAAAUCUAUGGUUGAGCUCAAAGAAGGAUGUAACCAUAUGACCUGCCGAUGCGGAGCCGAAUUCUGUAUGAUAUGUGGUACCAAAUGGAAGCAAUGUAGCUGUCCAUGGUUCAACUACGACAAUGGAAACAAUCCGUGGGAGAAUAACCCGAUACAGGAUCUCAAUAUCCCAACGGAAGACCUGAGGAAAAUUCUUCGGAAGAACAGGCCGAGCUCGAUGGAGGAGCUGCGAUCCUAUGCAAGACCGGCUUCCUCGAUGCCCGCAGCAGCACGGCAACGGCCUCGGGAGUACGAUGAGGAAGAAACGAUCCUUCGCCGACUUCAAGAAAAGAGGGAUGCGGAUUUCUCAAGGAGACUGCAGUUCUCUGAUGAUUACGACCAGGAUCACGACGAUGAAUCCGAUCAGGACCACGACCGCGACCGUGAUCGUGAGCGUAAACAAGACCGUGAUCGUGACCGUGACCGUGACCGUGACCGCGAUCGAAAGCGGGAUCGUGAUCGUGAACGGGAGCGCGAGCGUGAGCGGGAGAAUCCCUUUGCUCCAAUCUCACCAGACGUUGAAGAGGAUGAAAUGGACUAUGGGCUUAGCGGCGGCAAACAUCACGCAAUGGAGGAUUAUAGACGGACCAGCAUGCCAACUUUGCCUACUGCAGCCCCGGCCGCACAGCCGCAGCCUUACAGUAGCUACGUUUCCGAGGUCAGUCGUGCCAGGGGACCGCAGCGUAGCGGAUCAAUGGAGCAACGUCUAGCCGAUAGGCUGUCAGAGAACCGCUCAGGCCGCCGGUCGAGAGGCCCUUCUCCUCCCCCAGCGCCGGCCAUGCGACCUCAUGUGCUGCAUACGAGAGAUGCCACCGCGGAUAUGGGAAUCGGCAUGGCAUUGGGGGCGAUGGGCAGAGGCUCCAUGCCACCACCGCCUACCUAUGGCCCCGUACCGUCGAUGCCGUCGCCCGGCCUGAUGAGGUCCAAUCCUUUUGGAGGAGACGCGUACUACGAAAAUGCGUACACGACAGCGCCAAGGUCUGUUCAUGAGCCGUAUUACUACGGGGGCAUGGAAACUGCUGAGACUGAACGUCCAGCUCCCCGGCGCAAGUCCCGACGCAGUGGCGAAGAGCGCGAGAGGCCCAAAUCAUCGACCUUGGCGGGACUGACUGGAUAUGGACGAGGUUCGCACCGCGUGCACGAGUGGAGGAAUUUUGUUGAACCAGGAGUUCCUGACGAGUAA